AUGGAAUCCGGGAAGCUAACUGACGGCUCGACGCCAAACAAGCUUGAUGUGUCUGAAAACUCGGUCCUUCAACAGCACUGCGACUUCUUCGAUGAGGACCAAGACGGCAUCAUUUGGCCUCGUGACACAUUUACCGGAUUUUAUGCUCUCGGAUUCAAUGUAGCCUUGUGUCUUCUGGCAGUCCUCGUUAUUCACGGCAACUUCUCUUAUCCUACUGUCUCAGGAAUACUGCCUGAUCCCUUUUUCAGAAUCUACCUUGAGAAUAUCCACAAGGACAAGCACGGCAGCGAUAGUGGAACUUACGACACCGAGGGUCGCUUUGUGCCGCAGAAGUUCGAGGAUAUGUUCGCCAAGUACAGCAAUGGACAAGAUUUCAUGACCAUCUCCAGCAUUAUCCACUUACUCAAUGGGCAGAGACUCAUUGCUGACCCUGUAGGCUUGGGCGGAGCUUUUUUCGAGUGGCUGGCAACUUACAUCAUGCUAUGGCCUGAAGACGGAAAAUUAAAGAAAGAAGAUGUUCGACGCGUUUAUGAUGGGAGCAUAUUUCCUAUAUUAGCAAACCGACGAGCCCGCUACCAGCGUUAA